AUGGCCGCCCCCCCGCCGAGGGCCGGGGCGCCCGCGCCGCAGGGGGGCUUCGAGGGGCUCCUGGCGGAGCUCGGCUCGCUGGGGGCGCGCCUGCUGGAGCAGCACAGGCGGGAGCUCGACGCCCAGCGGCACGAGAGCGAGGCGGGGAGGGGCUCCGCGUGGCCCUCCGUGGCGGGGUCCGAGGCCUGCCCCGAGGAGGCCCCCGCCCGAGCGAGCUCCGUCUCCGAGGGCCGGGGCCGGACGCCGGCGGUGGAGCACUUCGAGUCGCUGGCGACGUUCAGGGCAGAGCAGGCGCCGACGUGGAACACGAUGUCGAACUCGAAGUCGGCCCAGGCGAGCUACACGGUCCUGGAGAGCUGGGUGAGCGCCGUGCCGAUCUCGCAGCUCGCCGCGGUGGGCCCCCAGGCGGCGGGGCCCGAGCGGCAGAAGAAGGCGAGCGUGGCCCUGAAGAAGACGGGUUCGGCCCUCUCGCUGACAGUCUCGAAGAUGUCCUUCAGAUCGGCGAGGUCGAAAAGUUUCGAGGACAUGCAUGAUGCAUUCGUGUUCAAGUCGGACGGGUUCCUCUCAAAGUGGCUCAUGGUGCAUCCUUCGCUGUGGCUGGCGACCCUCUGGAGCUUUCUGAGCCUUCUGCUGAUUGCCUACGACACGGUAACCGUGCCCAUAUACAACUUCUACAGGUUCGAUUACGUCCCAGGGACAAUUCUAUUAUUUGAUUGGUUCGCUCGAAUCUUCUGGACCCUCGACAUCCUACUGGCCCUUGUGACUGGCUUCCACAAGGAGGGGUACAUCGAGAUGAGGCCCAAGCUUGUGGCGUUGGCGUACCUUCAGUCCUGGCUGUUGUUCGACCUCUUACUCGUGGUGUCAGACUGGCUCGCCGUCGCCCUGAAGAACAACACCACACUGAUGACGGUACCAGCCCUGAGAGCGCUACGAUUAAUGCGUGUGUUCCGCUUGUUGAGGCUCGGCCGUCUCUCGCACACGAUCAACGAGAUCCUGUUGUUCGUUUCCGACGGCGUCGCGAUCGUCGUCAGCGUCUUAAAAUUGUCCAUCGGGCUUUGCAUCGGCAUUCACCUCGUCGCCUGCAUGUGGUACGGUGUGGGCGACAGCAGUCGUUCCGGAUGGACCUCCAACGAGGCACUCUUGGAGUCCGCAGCAUUCUCCGAACAGGCGGACAUGUUUUCCGUGCAUUGGGUAAUCACCCAGCUCCAUGGCACGAGCCUCACGCCCCCGCAGACCUUCCUGGAGAUCUGUUUCCAGGGCGUGGUGCUCCUGGGCGCCCACGCCUUCGCUGCCUUCUUCGUCGCCAGCAUGACGCAGGCAAUGAUAUCCCGGACGGAUGCCAAGAACCUGCAGAUGCAGCAGGCGUUCAGGCGAUACACGCGCCGCCGUCGCAUCUCCCCCGGGCUCUCGUUCCAGGUGCAAAAGCACCUCGGAAAGCCCAGCGGCAGGACGGCCCUGCAGGACGCCGUGGAGGUGGAGAACAAGCUGGUCGAGUCCCUCCCGCUGGCGCUGCAGCAGCAGCUCCACGAGGAGGUGCGCUUGCCAUUGCUGAAGCCCGUGCCGUUGUUCCGGCGGGACGGCUUCUCGGACCACCGGUUCUUGAGGCAGCUCUGUUGCAGGGCCAUCUCGGGGGUGUCGUUGAUCUCUGGGGAGCUGGUGUUCAGCCUCGGGGACUCCUGCAAGCGGAUGCUUGUGGUCGAGUCUGGCAUCGGUGUCUACGUGAAGCUCAGAAGGUCCUGCGAGCACUACUCCUUGCGUGGGAAGACGCUGACAAAGUACCACAGGACGAGCUACCAGAGGACGGAGUCCGAAGAGGAGGCGGAACAGGUGGUGCGGCAGCGAGGCCAGCACAUCAGCGAGGCCGCAUUGUGGGCGCGGUGGACGAACCACGGGGAACUUUUCUCGGAGGGCGUUUGCACGAUGCUAAUUCUGGACAGCAGCGAUUUCGCCUCCGUCGUGAGCGAAUACGAGUUCACACGCAUAUCUGCCCUCAAGUAUGCAUGUUGCUUCGUCUCGUGGCUGAACGACAGGGCCCGCGAAUACCUUCAGUCGGACGUGAUGGAUACUCCGAAGAACUUGAUCGACGAAUACAUGCAGAAAAUGAUCAGCGACAGCGCGUUCAUCUUCAUUUCGCACUACAAGGAAGAGGCAGGGUCGGAUGCAGCUCUCAUAGAGGAGGGGAUGCGGCGGAUCAUCAAGGAAAACCCCGCACAUCCCGCAUUCAACCUCAGCAGGCCAGUUUUCCUAGAUUCGAACGACCUCCAGGAAACAUAUCAUAUCCCGAGCAUCAUCAGGAGCAGCCACAACGUAGUGCUCCUCCUUACGGACAAUGUGCUCACGAGGCCGUGGGUGUUGAUCGAGAUCGUCACGGCCUUGCGUGCUAGCGUGCCGAUCCACUUGGUCACGAUCCAGCGCCCCGGUGUGGGCUUCCAAUUCCCAAGUGCGGACUCGAUCGAGCGCCUCGCGGCUGGCGCUGGCCUGAGCUCGAGCGCUCAGGCGCUCCUGAGGGCGGAGGGCAUUACCGCAGAGGACCUGAAGCUCUUAGGCAACGCCUUCCAUCGCAUAGCGCUGCCUUUCUCCCCACACAAGUCUGCCAACAUCCGGGAGGCGGAACUGCUGGACAUCAUGAAUCGUUGCGAGCUCAGCGGCUCCGGGGUCGCAUUCCGUUGCCCGACCGACAUAAUACCCCGGGUCACCGCGCCGCCCGACACGAAGCACCGGGUCAACACGCCACCUUUGCCGAACCGCUCUACGUCGGUUCCUGAAGCGAGCCUCGCCGAGCGUCCUCUGGGGUCAAGACUUCAGUUGUGA